CAGUUUGAACGGGCGCUUCAUGAUGUGGUAUUUGUUCUUCUCCUGUUUGGGAACGACUUUCUCCCGUCGGUGGGCUGCCGCAUUGAAGAAGGUUUCUUGGACGACCUUUUGGAGCUACUCGCCACCGAUUUCAUCUCGCGUGAUCGUUCCAUUAUUGAUCCCGUCACCAACAAUAUUCAAUUUGACUCCGCCCGUUACGCACUAGACUCUCUGGCAGAGAUGCGUCGCGAGCGCGCUUGUGGCGAUGGUCUGUGCGUCGACAAUGGCAAGGAAGACGCCACCGAUUGGGGUUUUGUCGAUGACACCUUUCGGAAGCAGAGGCAACUGAAGGAGGAGACGGAGUUGGCACCAAAGUGCUAUGCGUACUGGACGAUGCUGCAAUGGUCUUUGCAGAACAGUGCAGGGGUAGUGGAGCACUGGGGCUGCUACUACCCGUAUGGUACUGCCCCGCCUCUUCACUUGCUGCGAAAGUACUGCGGCAUGUUGUCGUACGAUGCCCUGAUGGAGUUGGCAAAAAAACGCAGUCAUUCGAGGCACCGUGGCGCCACGUCAGAUUCGAACGCGGUGGAAACUACGGACAAACUGUGGGAUGAUGGCCCUGGAGAUGUACUUGUGCAACUUCUCGUGCUGCUUCCCGCACGGAGUACCGCACUCCUUCCAUCGGCUGUUCGCAACGCAUAUGGAGAGAUUGAACAUAUGGUGUUGGCCCCUGUGGAACAAAUGAACUUUGCUGCCAUUUCAGCGUGGUGUGAAGAGAAGAAAGCAAUGUUCACGGAGGAGGAGAGAACGCGAUUCCGCGCCUACGCGUUGGCAGCCAGACCUCAUAUGCUUGCACAGGAGGUGCACGGGGCACCUAUUCAUGGGAGCGAAAUGGUUUUUGUUGCUGAUUGGGAUGCAGAAGCAUUUGCGAUGGAAGUGCAACAGGCCAAGUCCGCAAGGUUGUCCGAGAUUACAACAGCAGAAGGUUUGAAAAAGAGUGAGGAUGGUGCCACAGCGCCAGCAGUCAGCACAUCAAGUCUGUUUGUGUCCUCUUUCUUUGACACGCGUCCAGCACGCAAGACUUCAUCGGCGGCGGCGGCAGCGCUGAUCGCUGCGUCCAAAAAGGCUGAUGCCUCGGAUCGCAAUAACAGAAAUGAGAAGAGUGCCUGCAGCAAUGAAAGUCACACUAAUGACGUGCCUCUCACCCCCGCGGUGACCGUGCAAGAGACAAGACCUCGUCUCUCAGAGGAGGUUGAAAUGCGACAGGGACGUGGAUUCACUCUUGUCACAGCGCCCACAGAAGUACUGGGCGACGUCGCAAUGAUCAAGAACGUUGGUUCUGUGGUGGGUGACACCUUUGUCUGCGGUCAGCAUACCAGCCCUCCCUUGUCACGGAACCCACGGACGAUGCGUGUCCGCCUGCGCUGGCGUGUUGCCUCUAAGCCGUUGUUAACAUCGGCGACAUUUGUACCGGAUCUUCUUCCAGGAUACAUCACCCCACCGUCCCUUCCCUCGGCACCGUCUUCCUCGUCUCAUGAGACAAAUAAAGCCGUUGUGAAGCGUCCUGCGUCCGCGAUGAACGUCUCAGACAGCAACAGUGGGAGCAGCGAUAACGGUGAUUAUGUCGACAAAAAGGGUGAGGUGGAAGAAGGAAAAGGGGAUUUUUCUACGUGUAAUGUCAUUUCGGAACUGGAGAAAAAGAAGGAGGCGGUGCGGCGUCGCUUGGAGGCAUUACAGUCACGCGUAGGUGGAAAUGCCUUGUGA